AUGGCAACAACGUGUUCCGGAAUCCUCAGUGGUUUUGGUCGUCACGGUGAUGAGCGGAAAGUUCUGGCGCUGAACGUUCUGUUGCUCGGGGAGAGGCAGAGUGGGAGGAGCUCCGUGGGGAACGCUCUGAUUGGUCAGUAGAAGAAGUUUUGCCGCGCUCAAGUUACCGCGGAUGUCGGAGCUGAAAAUGACGUCACAGCCGAGUUCCCAGAGUUUCAGAUACCAAGUCGGAAAAAAGCAAAAUCGAAGGUGGAAAGAAGAUGGCUACGUCUACGAAAGUUAUUUUAGCACUUGCCUCAUUUCCGGACAAACUUUCGUAGAUGUAGCCAUCUUGUUUUUGGCUCCCAUUUUGCUGUUUUUCCGACUUGGUAACAAAAACACUGGGAACUCCGAUGUGACGUCAUUUUCAGCUCGGACUUCUGACCUCCGAGGAAACUCAAACUUUCAUCAUCAACUUUUUAGUUUGCGUUCUUUGCCUUCUUUACAAACAAAAUAUAUCAAAAAAAAAAAAAAAAAAAAACCUGUGAAAAAUGUGACGAAUGUCAAACACCUAUUUUUUAUUAUUUUUAUUUUUUUGGUUUACUUUAUUUUAUUUUUGUAUUAUUUUUAAAGGUUAAAAAACACUUUUAUUAUUUAAGGACUUUUUAAAAAGUCACCAACAUUUAAAAAAAUUUUUUUCUAUUUUUUUUAUGUUUUUAUUUUUUUAUUUGAAACAAUUUUUUAAUACUGAGAAACACUUAUUAUUUAGGGACUUUUUAAAAGAAAAUCACUAACAUUCAUUAAUUUAUUUAAAUAUUUUUCUUAUUUCUUAUUUUUCUUAAAGAUGGAGAAACACUUAUUAUUUAGGGACUUUUAAAAAAAAUUACCAACAUUUAUUUAUUUAUUUAUUUUAAUUUUUUAUUUAUUUGUUUUUUUUAAGAUUGAGAAACACUUUUAUUAUUUAAGGACUUUUUUUUAUAAAUCACCAACAUUUAUUCUGUUUUAUUUUAUUUUAUUUUAUUUUAUUUUUUUUAGAUUGAGAGACACUUUUAUUAUUUAAGGACUUUUUAUAAAAACAUUUAAACACUUAAAUUGUAGUUAAAUUUUUGCUGUACGUAUAAUCUUCAUAUAACAAACAUUUAUCGCCUCAACCGGACGACACAUUUCGUAUUUUUGUCCGUUUCUCGUUAAAAACAGAAAAACUUCGUCUGUCAAACGUCUUACAGGUGGGGAGGAAUUCCAAACGGGCGUCUGCAUUUCCGGUUCGUCCACGACGCCAGAGUUUCAGCUGCGCAGCCGAAAUUUCCAGAACUUUUUCAGGAGACAAGGGGCGGAGUCUGACCUCCUGCUGAGAGUGUUAGACACGCCCCCUAUGAUGGCCCACCCACAAAACGUGCACCAGUUCUUCCCUGAGGGCGUGCACGUACUUGUGCUUGUCGUGAGAGCGAACCUGACCAAUGAGAAGACACACCUGGAGGAGCGCGCAGAGGUACACACUCAAACACACACUCAGUGUUACACACCCCCGCUCAGUUAUAGCGUUGACGUUUUCAGCGGCGUGUUUUCUUUUCUGUGGCGUUUCUUUAAAGGCUCUCUUGGGUCCAGAAUGGCGUCGUCACACCGUGCUGGUUCUCACGUUCGCCGACCAGUUGAAGAAGGCGGGGCUUCGGACGGAACACUUUCUAACCCAGUGCAGUGAUUGGCUGAGAGCUUUGGCUGAAAAAGUGGAAGGCGGGGCUUUCUUCUUGGACAACAUCUCUGAUUGGCCGUCCAUCAGAGGGCAACCACUCAGAGAGCAACUGCUCCGCCUCUCAGCCAGAAACCGUCACGGAGCUUUAGAGGUCUCACCUUAACGACGUUCAGUACCUCCAGAGUACUUUAUGAGUACUUAGAUGGCGCUCUACUCUAAAC